UUGCGACCCGCCGCCGGCCGCCUGCCUCGGAUCCACUCCGGUGAUUAGUUCCCGCUCAAAGCCGAUCUUGCUGCAGGGAGGAGCGAGCGGAGGAGGAGUGAAGCGGAGCCGAGCAUCACAGCUCCGCAUUCAAGGAAACACCAACACGGCACUUUUGUAUUUCCACCCUCCACCAUGAUCCAGCCUCCGUGCGCCCAUCGUCUCCGGUGAGAAGCGGCGGAUAGAAGCGGACGCGGGCCCCCGCUGAGGCCGCUUGUCUCUGAGGAGCUGGGGAAUCUCUGGCCGGCCAAAGGAAGGGAGACCCCCCCACCCCCACCCCCACCACCUCCUCCCCAAUUGUUUCCUGCGCCAAGAAGAACUGUAAAGACAUGGUCAUCACCCCGCGGCUGUGAUGAACAGUGAGCAGUGAGAGUGAGGACGUGUCAGACGAUGCUCCUGAUCUGCUGGGCCCAGUGCUGAGGGAGAUCCACAGAGCCAAACUGGUCGGUGCCCACCAUGUCUUACCACCAACACUACCAGCGUGGCCCCCACGGCCGCACCAUGAGCUCUGAGGAUAGGAGCGCCACGCCGGUCAACAAGUCCUGCACGCCAGUUCACAAGAGCGCCUCCUCCUCUUCUUCUUCCCAGCGCGACAGCCGGCAGGAGGCCGACAGCUGGGAAAUCAUCGAAGGGUUGAAAAUCGGUCAGAGCAACGUCCAGAGGCCAGAUAAACACGAGGGUUUCAUGUUGAAGAAGCGGAAAUGGCCCCUGAAAGGCUGGCACAAGCGGUUUUUUGUUCUGGACAAUGGUAUCCUGAAGUACUCAAAAUCCCCCAUUGAUAUCCAGAGAGGCAAACUUCAUGGCAGCAUCGAUGUCGGCCUCUCCGUCAUGUCGAUCAAAAAACGGGCCCGUCGCAUCGACCUGGACACCGAGGAGCAUAUCUAUCACCUGAAGGUCAAAUCUCAAGAAAUCUUUGAUGUCUGGUUUUCCAAGUUGCGUCAUCACAGACUCUACAGACAGAAUGAGAUUGUGCGAUCUCCCCGAGACGCCACCAUUCGAACAUUUCCGCCCCCAGCUGCCAUGGAGUCUCCCCAACCUGCCGCGAGCGUGGUCAAUGAAGCAAAGCAGGCCAAGCCGGGCAGCCUGCCUUGGCAGCCGGUGGCCACCAGCAACAACAGCAAUAGCAACCUGCCUGCCUCCUACAGUAACGGCCAGAGCAAGGUGGUUGCUUGGCUGCAGGAAUCAGAGGAGAUGGACAAGUGUGCAGAGGAGCUCGCUCGAUGCCACUCGAACCUGACCGAGCUGAGCCGGUUACUGCAGAGCCUGGAGAUUCUGCAAAGGACUCAGUCAGCACCCAACUUCACAGAUAUGCAGUCCAAUUGUGUAGAAUUGUCAAAGAAAGAAAAGCGCUUGAACAGAAGAUGGAGAACAAAAAGUGUCGGCAAAGAUGCAAAAUUCCAGCUUCAGGUCCCUCUGUCUACCAGCAUGUCCCCUGUCCGCCUCCACUCAUCCAAUCCCAACCUGUGCGCCGAGCUGGUGGACUUUCAGCCCCCUGUCUCCCGGCUGACAGACAGCGUCGAGUGUGCCAGCGACUACAUUAAACUUCAGGAGGAAUUCUGCACCAUCGCACAGAAAGUCCACUCUCUGUUGAAGUCGGCCUUCAACACUGUGGCCAUAGAGAAAGAGAAGAUCAAACAGAUCCUGUCUGACCAGGAGCAGCCGGAUCAGUCGACGCAGAUCAACUCUCUCAGGAAGUCUCUGUCACAGGCCCUGUCCCAAAACGCAGAGCUUCGAACUCGACUCAGCCGCAUCCACUCUGAAUCUGUCCUGGGUGAACAAGUUGUCAGUGUGAACAUCAUCUCCACGCCUGAUGAGGCCGUGGAACAGAUGGGGAUCCCUCUGACUCAGCAGGCCUCUAAUGAGAGCCGACUCUCCAUGUCAGAGUCAGUCUCUGAGUUCUUUGACGCCCAGGAAGUGCUUCUGUCAGCCAGCUCGUCGGAGAAUGAGGGCUCAGACGAUGAGUCAUAUGUCAGCGAUGUGAGCGAUAACAUUUCCGAGGACAACGCCAGUGUGACUGAUAACGUCUCCAGACAAAUGGCCAACGGAGACUUUGCUGGCAGCGCCUUCCGCAAUGGGCGACGCACCUGCCUGCCGGCGCCGUGUCCCGACACCAGCAACAUCAACCUCUGGAACAUCUUGAGAAACAACAUCGGCAAAGAUCUGUCCAAAGUGUCCAUGCCAGUGGAGCUCAACGAGCCCCUCAAUACCCUGCAGCGCAUGUGUGAAGAGCUGGAGUACAGCGAGCUGCUGGACAAGGCUGCGGAGACCGAGGACCCCUUCGAACGCAUGGUUAUUGUUGCCGCUUUUGCCAUCUCAGGCUACUCAUCCACUUACUAUAGAGCAGGAAGUAAGCCAUUCAACCCUCUACUCGGAGAGACCUAUGAAUGUAUUCGUGAAGACAAGGGCUUCUGUUUUUUCUCGGAACAGGUGAGCCACCACCCUCCCAUCUCCACCUGUCACUGUGAGUCCAAGAACUUCACCUUAUGGCAAGAUGUGAGAUGGAAAAACAAAUUCUGGGGCAAGUCGAUGGAGAUUUUGCCGAUAGGGAGCGUGAACCUCACGAUUCCCAGGUUUGGCGAUCACUACGAGUGGAACAAAGUCACCACCUGCGUACACAACAUCCUAAGCGGACGACGGUGGAUCGAACACUACGGAGAGAUCACCAUCAGAAACACAAAGAGCAGCGCCUGCCUCUGCAAACUCACAUUUGUCAAGGGAAACUACUGGAGUUCUAAUGUGAAUGAGGUUCAAGGAUUUGUGAUGGAUCAAGAAGGGAAAGUGAUUCACAGGCUUUUUGGGAAAUGGCACGAGGGCCUUUACUGCGGCGUCCCGCCUUCUGCCAAAUGCGUCUGGAGGCCAGGCUCCAUGCCCACAGACUAUGAGCUGUACUACGGCUUCACCAGGUUCGCUAUUGAACUGAAUGAGCUUUGCCCCGAGUUAAAGGAUGUUUUGCCGCGUACUGAUGCCAGAUUCAGGCCCGAUCAAAGGCAUCUUGAAGAAGGGAACUUGGAGAUGGCGUCCUCAGAGAAGCAGCGUAUAGAGGACAUGCAGAGAGCCCGGAGGAAGUGGAGCGAUGAGAACGACAUCAAACAGGAGCCGCGCUUCUUCAAGAAAGUGGUUGAUGCCAAUCACAGGGAGAGGUGGGUCUCCAACAACAUGUACUGGGAGCUGCGCAAGAACCCCGGCUUCAUCAACAUGGAAUCCACAGUGAACCUGUGGUAGCAAACGGAUAAUAUGGUCCAUCGUAUCAUCAUCACACACAGGAAGGCUGUUACCUAUGCACAAUAAGGUGUGAAGAGAAACGUGUGAAGGAUAAAACAUCAGUGUGCAUGGAGAGGAGCGGCUGCAGAGCUGAAUGAUGGCCUGCUGACCAGCGGCCCUGUCGGGGGUUCUGUGGCACCGUCCCACGGUCAUCCACCCAUGGAAACAUCCAGUAGGAUCACCUUCAUCGUGCUUCUCCGAGCUGGGUUGUCAGGGCAACAAUCGUAACACUCCUAUGUAGAUCUUUUCCUCAGCUCCUUGGUUGUCUGAGUAUGUCCUUGCCUUAAAACGACACGUCACACGAUUUAGCGCGUUUUAGUUGAAGCCAUUGGAUUUCCGACAAGCCGUUUGGGUUAGACUAGUCUCUGAAGUAGACGUUUUGAUUACCUACAAUACUGUGCAUGUUUAGAGAGCAGCUUUCACUGGCAUAAAGCCGCAUUUACUGUAUCAUCAAUUAUUGUAGAAAAAAAAGAGGUAUUUUUAUAAAAUAUCUUGGACUCAGAAUUUAGUGGAAAAGGACUAUGUGAAUUGGCAGAUUUGAUUUAUUCUUGCCUUUUAAUACUGUUGAAUCUGUGUGAUAGCAGUACUGUCUCUCGGGAAGCAGCUCAUUUACAUUCUGAAACCCCCCCCUUCCCCAACUGGGCCUUGCCUCGCUUCGGUCAUCACUCCUUGCCCUCCCCUGUCCCACGGCCUAAUUAAAAAACACAGUCACAUGAAACCAUCGUAUGGUUACAUAAUUACAUACAUACAUCAGUGUGUCUUCUGAACGUGGUGCAGUAAAUGUUUCAGUGAAAUAACAUAAGACGCUCUUAGAUGUUCAAUCGUCUCAGUACCAAGGACGUAAGAAAAGAUGGUGCUGUAGCCUGUACAUAUUCUAAUCCAUCUGAGACACUCUGUGCUUUUAAGAGAAAUCACAGAGAAACACUCACAUGAAACAUGACUAAUUCUUAUAGUGGAGCUAGAAAGACACUCAGUAGAAUGCAUACUGCGCAUCCACCAACUGUCCCCUUAUAAAAAACACAUUUAAAUUCACUAGAUCCAGAUUUAUGUCUGAUUUGACCUUACAAUGUUCAAGAAAGUAAAUAAGAAUUAUUGAUCCCUGAUCCAGAUCUGCACCAAAAUGUAAAGGAAUCUUCCGUGACUUAUACUGCAUCCUUCCAUCAGGUUUUAGUGGAAAUCCGUUCAGAAUUUUGUGUAACCCUUCAAACUAACAGCCAAACAAACGAAAGCAGGCGUAAACACAACCUCCUUGACGGUAAUUAGGAGGGCGACUGGAGAGUGCAUUCCUCUGCCAAGGCUAAUGCCCUCUCUCUGUAUAUAAAUACAUAUCUCGGUAAUGUUAUUUGCAACUGCGUAAUCCUACCAACGAAUAAACAGUCAAACAAAUGCAGAUGAAAACAUGAUGAAUAUAAAGAAAAAAAGAAAGAAUUUAAAAUUAUUUAUUUGUGAUAAAACAUUGUCCUUAAUAGUGGAAAAUUAAGGUAUGUGCAUUAUUCCUUGAAAAAAUAACAAACAUGUUGAAAAAUGCCCUGUGUUGUGAUGUUGAAAAGAAAACUGAAUCCGAGAUCUGCCCCUUAAUCCACAUCAGAACCAAAAAUAUAAUGUUCUGAAACAAAGAAAAGUAGUAAAUCCUACCAGCAAAUAUUCUAUUUGCAAAAUCGCCUACAUUAUUAUUUAGUUAUCAAAACAAUGAUUGUGAUUGAUUAAUUAAUCGCCUGCAUACAGCAAUGAAACACCAGAGACACCUAGAGGUCAUCUUAUGAAAAUGCAGCUUCAGGAAACUAGGAUAUUUAAACAAACACUCUGUACAGUAUUAAUGAAAAUACUGUACAAGCUUUAAAGCUUUUAACUUAAUGUGUCUGAUUCCCCAGAGACUCGACUGCUAUGAUGAUUCUGCAAAGCACCAGUUACUUAUUUCUGUAUUUAUUGCAAAGCAGAUUAGCUUUAACACUUUUGUGUUAUAGAGUAAGAAAAUAUAACGCAGGGUUUCAGAUUGAAAUCAACCCUGACACCCGCGAGCGGCCACACGUUGUCCACGUGUCCGGGAGCACACGUCCUCGCUCAGGACGGCAGGCUGACGGCGUGAAUAUAUAAAUAUGUAGAGUGAAAACUAUGUGAAGCAACUCCAUCCUGUGUGCACUGUUCACAUGGUACUGUAGAUUACAAAACCAAAAACAUGUUACUGCUUUGCAUCCAUAGACUCUUUUCUUUACGUAUGAAUAUGUGCUUUUAAUUUGAUCCCAGGUCACAAACUCCAAUGCUACGACUCGUCAGUUUCACUCGCUGUGCCUUAACGCAUUUUAUUAAUGCCUCACAAACACACUGCUGAUGAGAAGCCCCCCCCCACACACACACACACACACACACGCCAAGAAGAAGGUACGCCAUUAACAAAUCCGACUCAGCACAUUCUCCAGUCUCCACCUGCCUGCACAUGAUCCAGUAUAUCAAGGAGUUAGCUGUUGAUUCGUUUGGGAGAGGUUAUUGAUGUUGUAGGUGGGAAAAAAAAGGUUUUAUGUGACGCUCGCCGUGUUCACAGAUUGUGUCCCACUGCUCCGCUACUCCAACAUGUAAUCAGUACUGUUUUGGGGCGAUCACUGUAAAUACAGCACAUUUUAAAGGAAGAUGGGCGGUUCCUCCUACAUCAACUGAAUUCUUUUUAAUGAGACUGAAUCUCAGCAGUUGUGAGUGGAGGAGAAGGGCGAUGAUUAGUAGUGUUUGGAAUCAUAGUGUCAGACUGUAGUGAAAAAGAAAAGAAAAAAAAAAAAAGAAAUCAUGAAAUCCUUCCAUGCUUUCUUUGUCCAUUAUUCAACCUGCAUGUCAACACAACUUAGCCUGCCAAUGAAUGUUGCAGAUGCCUUAGAAAAAAGACGUUUUUCUUUUUCAAUUGGACUCUCAUGGGUUUUUUUUGGUUUUGUUUCGGACUGACAUGUAUCACAAUUUUUUUUUCAAUCCUUUAAAUCCUAAUGGGUACCUUCUAAAGUGCAAUUUUAACAAAGUACAUAUCUUUCCAUGAACACCGUACACUGCUGCUACAUAGUGCUUGUUCUAAUAAAACUGUAAAACAAUUGACAAACACGUGGUUUGUAUGUAAAAGAUAUGGUCAUAAAAGUUCAUGUUCAAUAAGGAA